CUUCAUGAGGGAUGUGUUCCUUCCAUAGCUGUUCUUUCCGUCAGCAAAAUAUAUUAGAAACUUUGUUUUCCUGACCCUGAAGCCUACAAGAAAGUUGAGUUUCAUUUCAUUGUGACUGGCCCUCAGUGAAAAAAUACAAACCAAGGUCACCUACUCUGCUCUUUCUUUUUACCUGGACAAAGCGAUCUAUUUCUGAUGGAUGGCUGUAGAUUUGUGAAAAAGAAAGUGCUCUUAAAAAUGAAAACAAGGGGAAAUGUUCUCUUUUGUGUGGCAGUGGUUUUAGUUUAAAGUCAACAGCUACCUUUUUUAAAUAAUUAACCGCUUCUUCUUCUUAAGGUUUUAAAAAAUGCAACUUUUGUUUUAAUCACCAAAGACAGAACUACUUAAGGUUUUACUGUUGAUAUUUCUAAAUGUCUGAAGAUUUAAUUUUUUUAUAUUUGUAGCUUAUGGAAACUGUUUAUUGGUAAAAGUGCAACUGAAAAAAUUCCUCUGCAUAUCUGUCCUUAAAAAAAGUAAUAUAUAUGAUUGCAAUGUAAUUUGUCUAGGUAUAUUUUCAGUAUUUGUAGAAGAGUUUUAAAAAUAGCCUGCCUGGCACUGUAGGCGUCAGGUUGCAGUAACGAGCAGGCUAAAAAAAGAAAAUUAAAUUUACCCUGAAAAACGCGCCCAUCUAUAACUUCAGUAUUUUGGUGAUGGGCAAAAAAAGGAAUGUGUGAAAAUUGUUACUGCAUUUGAGUGAUUUCUUAAAGGAAAUACUCCAAGUGGUAGGAUUUUUCCUUUUUUUUAAAUUUUUUUUAUUAUGCACUUUGUAAGCACUUGCCUACAUUCAGAAUAGUCCUUGUUGAUUUAGAAGGAGAAUCAACAAUCUGAAUUGACACUGAAUAUGAUGAAGGCACAAGCACAGACAAUAUGUGCAGCAUCUUCAGUGCCAUUUAUUAACUCAUGUACAGGUGUAGUUGCACCAGGGCAGGAGAGAUGAUGGGCUUGAUAAUAAUAAGUGGAAGGAUGCCAAAUGCAAUUGUAGACCUUGAUGCACUCACAUUUGUCAAAUGCUGUCAGUUCCUUACUGGAAAAAGUAGCUACACAUCACCCAGAAGUUUUACAUAUCUGGCCUAUUGCUUUACACGAACUUCCCACUUGUGUGCAGAUAACUUUGCCCAGAAAGCAGGUGCAUCCUGUCUCCUGAGCAUGCAAAACCCAAGGAUUAGUUAAUCCCUGGCCACAGGCCACAAAGUGUAAAAUUUAAAUAGAAAAUAGGUUAUUCCUCCUUCAUUGACACAUGAAGCUUUGCUGUACAAAGCACUAGGAAACAUUAUGUCAGUUUCUAGUGAAAUACAGCAAGCGACUGCACAUAGAGGUGCACUUUUUUUUUGUUUUGUCUUGGUUUUGUUCUAUUUUUACCCCGACCCCCAAGUUUCUAUCACGUAAAGAAUGGAAGGAAUGAAGACUGACAUAACCUGAAUGCAGAAACCCCGGCAAAGCCUCCGCCUCAGGGGUCGGUGUCUCCCUCCCUGCCGGGACGGGCACGGUCCGCGUGUGCGGGAGCGGUCGAAUCAAAACAAACCAAAUAAUAAUAAUCAAACAAGACUACAUCAUGAACUAGCCACCAGACCAAAACAGAACUAGCUCAGUGGAAAAGGUGGUGUUGAACCCUGUAAGCCUUCAAGGCGUCUCUGCAGCGCGGCGCACCGGGGCGGGCAGCCGGUCCGUCCGGGACAGGGGCCGCACUUUGCGCGUCCCUCGUUUGACACAGCGCGGGUCGCAGCGGCUGGCGCCGGGCAGACGGAGCUGCCCGCGGUCUCUGCCGGACACCAGCGGCCGGAGAUGCCAUGGGGACGGAGGGGCUUUGCCGGCACCGCCGAAAUGGUGCGACGCCGAAGGGCGCGGUUCGGCGCGACCUCCGCCCCGUCACCGGCCCCGGCCGUUCCCUCCUCCCCGCUCCCCGCGCCCCGCGCGCACCGGCGAGCGCUCCCCGGCGGCUCCCGCCAGCCCCCGCCCGGCUCCGCGGCCGCUCCUCCCUCGGCGCCUCCCGCAGCGGCGCGGCCGCCGGGUCCCUCCCAUCCAAGAUGGCGGAGAGUCUCCCCGAGCAUGAUCGGAUCCUGCAGGAGAUCGAGAGCACCGACACGGCCUGCGUGGGACCCACCCUGAGGUCUGUAUAUGAUGACCAACCAAAUGCACAUCAGAAGUUUAUGGAAAAACUUGAUGCCUGCAUACGUAACCAUGACAGGGAGAUAGAAAAGAUGUGCAAUUUUCACCAUCAGGGCUUUGUGGAUGCUAUUACAGAACUUCUUAAAGUUAGGGCUGAUGCAGAAAAACUAAAGGUCCAAGUUACUGAUACCAACCGAAGGCUUCAGGAUGCUGGGAAAGAGGUGAUAGCCCAAACAGAGGAGAUCAUCCGAUGUAGAGUUCAACAGCGGAAUAUUACAACGGUUGUGGAAAAACUACAAUUGUGUCUUCCAGUGCUGGAAAUGUACAGCAAACUAAAAGAACAGAUGAGUGUAAAAAGAUACUAUUCUGCUUUGAAAACAAUGGAGCAGCUGGAAAAUCUCUAUCUUCCUAGAGUUAGCCAAUACCGCUUUUGCCAGAUAAUGAUGGAAAAUCUUCCAAAACUGCGUGAAGAAAUAAAAGAAAUAUCCAUGUCAGAUCUGAAGGAUUUCUUAGAGAGUAUUCGAAAGCAUUCUGACAGGAUUGGGGAGACUGCCAUGAAACAGGCACAGCAGCAGAAAACCUUUAGUACUGCUCUUCAGAAACAGAAUAAUGUAAACUAUGGACGGAAUAUGCAUUUAGGUAGAAACAGGAUUUUGGAAUCCAAGAACGAAAUCACAUUGAAGCGAACAUUUGAAGAUGAGGAUGAACAUGACGAGGAGGUUUUAACUGCCCAAGAUCUUGUAGACUUUUCUCCAGUCUAUAGGUGUUUGCACAUCUACUCUGUUUUGGGUGAUGGAGAAAUAUUUGAAAAUUACUACAGAAAACAGAGGAGGAAACAAGCAAGAUUAGUUCUGCAACCACAGUCAAGCAUGCAUGAAACAGUAGAAGGCUAUAGAAGAUACUUCAGUCAAAUUGUAGGUUUCUUCGUAGUAGAAGACCACAUUUUACAUGUAACCCAAGGAUUGGUAACCAGGACAUACACUGAUGAACUCUGGAACAUGGCCCUUUCCAAGAUCAUUGCUGUUCUUAGAACACAUUCAUCAUAUUGCAGUGAUCCUGACCUUGUUCUGGAACUGAAGAAUCUCAUUGUAGUAUUUGCUGAUACUUUGCAGGGCUAUGGUUUUCCUGUGAACCGACUGUUUGAUCUUUUAUUUGAAAUUAGAGACCAGUACAAUGAAACACUUCUUAAAAAGUGGUCUGGAUUGUUCAGGGAUAUUUUUGAAGCAGACAACUACAGCCCUAUCCCUGUAGCAAAUGAAGAGGAAUACAGAAUUGUUAUAAGCAAAUUUCCUUUUCAAGAUCCAGAACUUGAUAAGCAAUCCUUUCCAAAGAAGCUUCCAAUGUCUCAGUCAGUGCCUCAAAUUUAUAUGCAGGUGAAGGAAUUUAUUUAUGCAAGCCUUAAGUUUUCUGAGUCACUUCACCGCAGUUCAACAGAAAUAGAUGAUAUGCUCAGAAAAUCUACAAAUUUGCUGCUCACAAGAACUCUAAGUAGUUGUUUACAGAACCUAAUUAAAAAACCUCAUAUAGGUUUAACAGAGCUUGUUCAAAUCAUCAUAAACACAACACACUUGGAGCAAGCCUGUAAAUACCUUGAGGAUUUUAUAUCUAACAUUACAAAUAUUUCACAAUUGACUGUUCACACUGCAAGACUUUAUGGACUUUCUACAUUUAAGGAUGCAAGGCAUGCUGCUGAAGGAGAAAUAUAUACAAAACUUAACCAAAAAAUAGAUGAAUUUAUUCAGAUUGCUGAUUAUGAUUGGACAAUGUCUGAAUCAGAUGGAAGAGCCAGUGGAUACUUAAUGGACCUAAUUAACUUUUUAAGAAGCACGUUUCAAGUUUUUACUCAUUUGCCUCAUAACAACAAUGACCAUGCAGCUAUGUCGGGAAAAGUGGCCCAGACAGCUUGCAUGUCAGCCUGCCAGCAUCUUUCAAUGUCCCUAAUGCAGAUGCUACUGGACAGUGAAUUAAAACAAAUAAGCAUGGGAGCAAUUCAGCAGUUUAAUUUAGAUGUGAUACAAUGUGAAUUGUUUGCUAGUUCUGAGCCUGUGCCAGGAUUCCAGGGAGACACCCUGCAGUUAGCUUUCAUCGACCUCAGACAACUCCUGGACCUCUUCAUGGUGUGGGACUGGUCCACCUACCUGGCUGACUACGGGCAGGCCACCUCCAAGUACCUGCGGGUCAACCCCAGCACGGCCCUCACGCUCCUGGAGAAAGUUCAUAGAGGAAUGAAAGACUCCAGCAAAAAGAACAACAUUUUUGCUCAGUUCAGGAAGAAUGACCGUGACAAGCAGAAGCUAAUAGAGACUGUAGUAAAGCAACUUAGGAGUUUAGUGAAUGGUAUGUCCCAGCACACAUAGGCCUCUUAAAUCGACAGUAUCUCAUCACACCAAGAGGUGUUUCUUACCCACUAUUUCUACUAAGCAAAUGGUGAUACCAGUUAGGACAUUUGUUUGACUGAGAAAAGGAAAAAUGCAGUAGAUAGAUUGUACAUGUAGUCUUCAACAAACAAUUCUUUGUACGUAUUUUUAAUGGGUCGAAUACUAUUUUGUAUAUUGUAAACAAAUGGUGAAAAAUGAGGUUGUACAAUAAAAACCAGCGCAAUUGUAUUGUACAUGGAACUGCUGAACUGUAAAUAUGUUAUUUAAAUAUCUGCAGAUAUGUGUCCAAAAUUUUGCUCCAAGUAGGAAUUAUUUGAGAAAUGAUCCCUUAGUUGCUGUUUUCUAGUUGAAUCGUAAUUUAAAGUUUUUAAGCUUGAGAUACUUGUGUUUCAGAUGCCACUUAUUGUUUUCCUGCAUUAAAUGUAUAUUGGCCCUAAAGUGAUUUGACAUAAUUUUGUAUACCAGGUUUUGUAGUCUGGAGGUAUGAAAAGAGUCUUCUGAUUUUUACCUUUGAAAACUACCCGAGAACUAGACUUGAUAUCUACUUAGCAUUAGGACUUACAGGCUUUGUUCUCCAAAAUGGUUUAAUCUUGAGGUUGUGAGUGUAAAUAACCAUUUGAUUUCUUUAUAAUGUGACAUGUUGUUUCGUUUUGGUUUUGUUCCUCAGGGUUACUAUUUCUAACUGUACUUUUAUAAGAUCUCGGGUUCUUUAUCCCAGGUUGCAGUAAGGAAUAGGUUUGCCGCUGUUGUUUUCGUGCCGCAUUAUGUUAGUUUGCGCUUUCUCCUGCCAGCCCCAUCCCAGCGAUUGACAUUUUGUCCCACUACCGGUCUCUUUGCACUGUCCCCUCCUGGCUAUUUUAGACACGAAGAGAAUGUCUAACAAAUAUAAACCAAAUGGAACGUGUAAAAAUAAUGUACAUUUUCGCUGUGUUUUUAAGUUAUUGACGGUCUAAAUACAGUAAUAUAAACCUCA